AAAGAACCCUAUAAAAUCAUGUCAGCAUUGUAAAAAUUAUUUGGCACAUUUGUAAUCUCUUAAUGGAAAGUUCUAAAAAUGUUUAAAUAACAAAUGAAAAGAGGACAAAUAACAGUCACUGUGGGAAGCUGAUGUGAACAUUGUAUCAACGCUAUCGGAGAGCUACAGAUAAAAGUUGAAAUACAGUUUGGACAGACCAUAAAUCAACCUUCACUCUUAUGCUGUGCUGAAUGGUGCAUUUCAGAACGAUUUAUAUUGUUGUUCUGACUUCUAUUCUACUUACUGAUGAAUUACUCAAUAAUCACUGUAAUGUUGUAGCUGGUAGGUGGAGCUAAUUUUACCCACUUUAAGUACGAUUAUGUAGCUUAAACAAUGAAAAUAUAUCUGAAUAUGUAUUAGCUUUAUUCAAAAUGCUGUGACGAUUAAUCGAUCAACAACCGUUUUGAUAACUGAAUAAUCAGUUUAGGUAUUUUUAAGAAAAAAUGCACAGUUCAUAGUGUUUCUCGCUGCUAAUAUGAGCAUUUGUAGCUGUUUUUGGUUGCACAUGACAGUAAAUUGAUUACCUUUGGAUGACCAACAGAACAUUUAGAGGGUUAAGUGGUUAUCAGUCAUUGCUCCAUGAAAUAAAACCAUCUGAUCUAAGGUAAUGAAUAUGAACUUCAUUUUAGGAAAUGUGUUAAAAGUCUGACUGUGUCUAUGCACUAAAUAUUAAAAUAUUUGGCUGCAAGACUAAAAUAUGCAUCAAUCUCAUAUAAUGUUGACUCCCCUUUUGUGGAGUUAAACAAUGAGAACAAAUGCAGACAAAAAAAAAAAAGAAGAAAAAAAAAAAAAAAAGUCUGACUGUGUCAACAGCAGGUGUUACACUGUGGGCUGCAUCAUAAUCCUAGUAUUUUAGCCUGUAUCUAUUUAAAAUUUUGAAAAUAUAGUAUGUUGAAUCAGCUGUUAAUAACUAUUUUUUGUUGUCUACUGUGAAAUAUGUUGGACUCUAUCACUAAAUUACCAUUUUUCAGUGUAAAGAUUGAAGAAAUCUAAAAAAUUUAGUUAUUCUCAGGCAGCAUCUGAAGCAGUUCCAGUUCCCUUUAGUCUGUUCUAUGUAAUAUUAACUAUCUGGACCUUCAAAAUGCAAAACAUUACAUUUCAAUUACCAGAUAAGGUCUGUUUUUCCGUUUGAAUGCGGCCCUCCUUCAUAUAAAUCUGCAGCAUCUUUUAGACCUUUUACAUUUUCGGCGAGUUUCAUGGACAGACAGAAAAUGUGCAAACUCUGUGUGAGGAAAAUGUACAAAAACAUGUCUUGCAGGGCCUCUGGGUAAUGUAGUCCUUUGAGUGUUUGAGGAUAUUUUAAUUGUUCUGUUUCCGAUAAUUUACUAGUAAUCAUUAGAACUAAACUGCUCAGAAAAAGAAGAAAAAAGUGAGCAUAUGUGUUUGCAGCAUACAGACCAGCUGAACAUUCCAACAUGCUUGACGGUGUCACGUGCUGCUCACACUUUUGCACACAUUGCACUUACUGACUUGACAUUACGUUUCCUCAUUCAUUCACCACGAUUAUGUGCAACAUAUUAAUUUGGAAAUCCAUAUUGACAAUAGAUUCAGGCCUGUUCCAUUCCGUGUUUUCAGUCAAAUUACUCAGCCUAAUCUAUAUUACCUAUAGUUUGUGGAACAAUGGAUGCAUACAUUUGGGUUUUUUUUUUCCUUCACUCCCUCUCUGCAGAGCGAGAGAAGUCUUGGUCUAAAUCCUCGGCCUGGUCUUAAUCUCCCUACGUUUGAAAGCGUCUUCCUCUGUCGCUGCGUGUUAAUUGGAAGCUAAUGGUCUGCGCUCGAUAAGGGAAGAUCUCCCUCCCUCGUGGCCUGGAAACUGAUUUUCUGAUGAAUUAUUUCAAUUAAAAUAUUGUCCAAGUCAUUUCCACGCCUGUUAUGACUGAUGCUGAUGUCUCUGUUUUUGAUAAGGAGGAGGCUCACAGAAAUAAAAAUAAAAGAUGUGUACUUCUCCACCAUUGUGGCAAACAUCCAAACAUUUCUAUCUGCAGAGAGAAAAGCUGCAGAGGUUUUCUUCUGAAGAGAAAUCUUAAUGCUGACAACAAUCACUUGGACAAUAUUUGUCUUCCAUGAAGAAAUGGCUUCCUCAGUUUGGAGUGGAACAACUUCACCAGCCUGCACAGGAGCCUGAACUCAGCACCUUUGGGACAAGUCACAACUGAUGGGAUUGAAUCUCUAUAGCUGCUUCAACAUCUGCUGGAAAGACUGAAGCAUUGUGACGUUCGGUGAUGUUUGGGAGCUCUUCAUGGAAAUCCAAAUAUCUAGACUUCAUCACAUUGGGACACAUUCAGCAUCUGAGUCCUGGACGCUGUCCAAAUCCACUGUUUAUCAAGUCCACAAGGGGACUGCGCAGAGAUGCAGACUUCACCAGAAGUUGCGGUUUAAAUCACCCAAAAUCCCCCGUGAUAAUAAGUUUAUAAUCUGCAGUAUGACAGGAAAACGGUGCAUUUCAUUUAUGGUUUGUGGUUGAUAAAGCUCAUGCAAAAGGAAAUUUGUUCUGUCCAGCUCUGUUAUGGCUACUUGGAGAGGGAGCAGAAGUCUCCAGUGUCAUUGCUAAAAGAACACAUCAGAUCAGCAACUUGAGUCCAGGCUGCUCACACACUUGAUGAAAGCGAUCAUGUCACUAAAUGUAGAAUUUGGGCAUUUGGAUUCAGGUUUAGGAAACAUUUCUGCAACGAGAAGACUUUGGACCAAGUGCCAAUCUACAGGGCAUCUUACCUUUGACUAGUGUUUGAAACAAGCUAGCAAUUACUAAAAACUUUCCACACAAAUGUAAGAUAGGAGUGGCCCAGGCCGGGUGCCUGCUUUUUUGUUUUUACCAUACAGUGUUGAUCACUUGUUUGGUUAAUUGCUGGAUAAUGUUUCAACAAAAAGGCCCUAAGAUCUUAGUAAAAAUCAAUGGACAUGUGAAGCCUGUGACCAUUGAGUGAACUGACAGAAAAUUAAUUCACAACUAAUUUAUUCCUCAGUAAAGUCAUUUAUCUAGUUUCUGAAAUGUGUGGAUUUUCAGUUUGCCUUUAUUUCAUAUUGGGGUAAACUGAGGAUUUGGGAGGUGUUGGAUCUGCACAUCACCUCAUCUUUGAAAAACUGUGACAUUUUUUAAUUUCCCACUUUUUAGAGAUUAACUAAUAAACGAUGAAACAUUGACAGAAUUUUAUAAAUCAUUAGUGUAUAUUCCUCCUGCUCAGUUGAUGGUUUGAACUGAUUUCACUCGUACUGAGCUGCGUCUUCUUCUUAACAUGAUUUUGCACUUAAUAUCUGUAAAAUCUGCUGAUUAUUUAAUCCCGCAUCCAUCCUGUACACUUCUCUUUGGAUAAGCUCUGGCAACAUAUAAAUCCUUUUAUCUGUCACACCAAUAAAGCAGAUUUAAACUGAACUGAAAUGAACUGAGAGAAGAGAGCGGGAGGCACUGACAGUUACAGAUGUCCGAGUUUCUGCAGACUUUGUAUCAUCAGAAUCAGCAGCAGCUGUCAUCCAACCUGUUUUCCACCUACAUCUAACUGGUAGUAUGAUAAUGAUAUUUUUUCCUCCAAAUACAACUCAUGACUUUGUGACACCAAGGGAACCAAAAUGCAUCAUGUAAUCUGGAAGUUCAAGUUUGCAAGCAGAAGAAAUAAACACUGAGCUACACAAGAUGUUUCAGUGUAUUUCUGUAUGUGUUCAUUCUUCACAGCCCACAGUUCAAAAAAGGGUCUGAAAUCUUACAAAUUCAAAAGGGUUGUCUCUCCAAGUUGUACUGAGGGUUUCUUUAAGAUUUAUAUUAUAUUUUAAACUCAUUGUAUGAUAGAAGGAUUGUUUUUCGGCUAAUCAAACCGGCAAAAUACAUUUACGACAGGAUGACAAUAUUUGCAAAAGUUCUAAUAAAGUUAUGAUGAAUUUUUCUUUAAUACUUAAGAUGUUUUUUGUUUUUUAUCAAAUUAAUAAUAGAAUUCAGGACUGAGUUUCCCAAAACUCUGCAGUUGUUUUGCAUCUCUUUGUGGCUGAUGGAAAUAAGCACCUUGUUUAUCUCUGUCAGUUGUUCUUUUUUCCUCUCAAUUUCCAUAGAACUCUUCGGUUGUUUUGCAUCUCUUUGUAAUUUUCUUUGCAACAUGUAAACAACAUGUAGUUUGUUUGUGACUCUUUGUAGUUGUUAUUCACCUAUUUGUUGUUGUUUUGCGCUUCUUUGUAGUUUUAUUUCUAUUUGUAGUUGUGUUACAUUUCUGCGUAGUUUGUGUCUCUUUGUACUAGAUUUGUGUGGCUUUGUUGUCCUCUCAUGCUUCUUUGUAGUUUUACAUUUCCUUGUUGUUGUUUCAAGCCUCUUUGUAGUUAUUUCACACCUCUUUGUAGUUUUGUUUGUCUCUAUGUAGUUGUUGUGCACAUCUUUUUGUCUCGUUGCAGUACCAGUGAAAAAGGGGAGCCUUGUUUUUCUCGUCACCUUGUGUUUGGCUCUUAAUUGUGUAGCUCUGAGGCAAACAGGUUGUGCUUUUUGAAGGGGGAAAAUCACCUGUGCUCAACUUUAAUCCCAGUUUUUAAAGAUGUAGCGUGUGAGUCUGGCAAAAGAUUGUUGAUAUUUAGCUGGUUAGUAUAUUUAAAUAAUUAGCUUUUGCCAGAUUUGCUGUCUCUUCCCAAGUCAACACCAUUUUAUAUAGUAACCGGUAGGUAUGCAGACAAUUAAUCUCUUAAAAAUCCUUUCAGCACAGGUAUGAGUUCACAAAACGUGUAUAUUCAACAUACAGGAAUUCACCUUAAUGGAUUGACAUAAACUGACAAAAAAAUGUAAAAUAAAUCUUUCUUUGCAAUGCAUAACUGACGUUUACACACAUCAGUAUGCCGCCAAAACUAAGAAUCCUCAGAUGCUACAUCUGGUCAAUCUUGCUUUAUGGAUGCGAAACAUGGACAAUAUCAAACAAUAUGCAGAAGAGGCUCCAGGCAACGGAAGUGUAGUUCCUACGAAGAACGCUAAAGAUAUCGCGGGUAGAAAGAAGAACCAAUGAAGAGGUGCUUAAGAGAGCAAAUGUGAAAAGAACAAUGCUGGCAACCAUCAGAUUCAGAAGAAUUAAAUUCCUAGGCCAUGUGAUGAGAAGGAAUAGUAUAGAGAAUCUUGCAAUAACAGGCAAAAUAGAAGGGAAGAAAGCAGAAGGAUGCCAGAGAAUGACAUAUAUUGGCAGCAUCAAAGAUUGGUCAAAGACAUCGAAUGCCAACACUGUACUACAUGCAAUGCAUGACAGAGAAAAGUGGAAAGGCAUGGUCGUCAACGGGAUUACACAAGACGCCUAAGAAGAUGAAUGUUUUUGGACUGUGGGAGGAAGCUGGAGAAAACAUUCAUGCACAGGAAGAACAUGCAAACUCCAUACAGAAAGAUCCCAGGAACACCAGGACACAAACCAGGGAUCUUCUAGUGAAAGUGCUAACCAAGCCACCGCCAAGUAUCAAAUAUAAAACAAAUAUAUGAGGACAGGAAAUUCUGACUCACCAUGUGAGAUAUCAAACUGUUCUGUAAAUCUGGGUUUUGACUUGGGGUCACUAAGCCUUUUAAGGCCUGGUCACACUUUUGAGAGCUAGAUCCAUCAGCCAUAUUGUAAAUUUGUAAAUACAAUUCCUGGGUCCAUAGUAAUCACAAUCAAGGAUUAGAUCCUUCAGUUGUGUCAACAAAUGUUUCACGUCACAUAUACUCUGAUCGCAGCCUGUAUGAGAGACAUUAACACAUGAGAAAACGAUAAGAAUGAACGAGUCCAAACAAACAAAAAAUAAAAGCAUCAAUGGGAAGAGAGAGGAUAUGUCCACCCAGAGGGCAGCAUCAUCAACGUGCCUUCUUUCAAUGACUUCCACGAUAUGGCAAAUAAAGAACCGCCCCCCAACACACAAACACACCUCCCUCCCUCCCUCCCUCCCCUUUCCUCCCCCCCUCUCUCCCUCUCGGGUGCUCAGCCAAGAGGCGCUGCGGCAAAAUGUCAUAUUUCACUGGCUGCGCUCUGAGAGGACGACCUCCCCUCUACUGUACACCUCCUGCACAUCUGCUGCUGCGCUCCUACUGUACUCCACCGCAGCUUCCCUUCCUCCUGGGGGGUCACUUCUUCUACUUCUUCUUCCUCCGCUGCUGCUCCUCCGCGUCCCUCUGAGGUUUCUCCCUCCCCAGAGCCCAAGCGCAAAGAGAGGAAAAAAGUCAUUCAUGAAGAUCUUCUGCAGGUGAUAGUGACUGAGAGGAGACUGGAAGCAGAGAUGACAGAGUUUGUGAAGGUUUUUGCUCCAUGCAGCAGAGAAAAGUGAGUCUGAGCCGCAGUUUUAACUAAGAAGACAACCGAAGGGUCAGCACAACCGAACCAAGGAUCUCCACGCCUCAUGUCGUUACAUUUUUAUUAUUUCGCAUUUUUUACUUAAAGCUCCUGAAUGCAGAUUCCUUUUCCAUCAUUCGCGGUGCCAGCGUGGGCUUUUCACAGCCUCACGUCCUUCCUUGUUUCCCGUUUCUCCGUCCAGCAGCAGUGCGUCUCGGCUGUGCGUAAAAGCCAAACCUUCCCCAUUCAUCCGAAACCUCUCCGAACCAGGCUGUGAGUGGGAUCACCGUCACCAAAAGUACUUUCUGUCCACUCCCUGGCUCUCUCUAAAGCAGCCCUGCACCAUGGAUGUGUUUAAGAGCCGGCUGCUGGGGAUCUCUGUGGCCGUUGCGCACGGCAUUUUCUCCGGUUCCCUGAACAUCCUGCUGAAGUUCCUCAUCACUAAUUAUAACUUCAGCUUCCUGACGCUCAUCCAGUUCCUGACCAGCAGCACCGCGGCGCUCACACUGGAGACCCUGAGGCGGCUGGGAAAAGUCCAGAUCCCACCGUUCAGCACGCAGCUCUCCAAGGAGUUUGCCUCGGUGUGUAUCCUCUCCACGCUGCAGUCCACUCUCACUCUGUGGUCCCUGCGAGGCCUCAGCCUGCCCAUGUACGUCGUGUUCAAGCGCUGCCUGCCGCUCUUCACGCUCAGCAUCGGAGUGUGUGUGCUGAGGAACGGCGUCCCGUCUGUGGGCGUGGUGAUCGCCGUGCUCAUCACCACCGGUGGAGCCGCACUGGCCGGUGCUGGUGAUCUCACUGGUGACCCCUUCGGUUACGUCACUGGUGUUUUGGCUGUGAUCAUCCACGCCUCCUACCUGGUUCUGAUCCAAAAAACCAGCCAUGACAGUGAAUACGGGCCACUUACUGCGCAGUACGCCAUCGCCAUCAUGGCCUCACCGGUGCUGCUGGUUUGCUCCGUCAUUUCCAUGGAUGCAGUCAACAUGUGGUCAUACGAGGGCUGGAAUGACCCUCACAUCACCGUCAUCUUCAUCCUCUGCAUCUUCAUCGGCUGUGCCAUGAACUUCACCACACUGCACUGCACCUACAUCAACUCCGCCGUCACCACCAGCUUUGUCGGCGUGGUCAAGAGCAUCGCCACCAUCACCGUUGGAAUGCUGGCAUUCACCGAUGUCGCCCCAACCGGACUGUUCAUCGGCGGCGUGGUGGUGAACACCGUCGGCUCCAUCACCUACUGUGUGGUGAAAUACUUUGAGACAAAGAAGAAGAGCUUGUACGAGGAUCUGGAGGAGGCUGGGAAGGAUGGCACGCUACCUGGGGAGCCUUACCAAGAGAAACCGCCCAUUAAUGGCACCGGGCCUGCCCCCGGAUUUGAUCCAGGACAGUCUGAGAUAGAGGGAGUGUUGAGCAGUGAUGGGAAAGAGGAGACGGCGACGGCACAUUUGACUAACGGAGAGGUGUGGACGGGAGACGGUGGACAAACAGACGGAGAAGCAGGCGUGAAUUCUCGUGUCAUGACGGAACAAGAGGUGCUGGAGAUGCAACGGGAGCACCUCCACAAGGAGGGCACCACCCCUGGUCAGUCGCUCAGUGACAGCUAUGUCGGGGUGUGGAGGUCCAUCAGACACCUGCAGUUCAUGAAGAAAGAGCCUUUGAUCGAUAACAUGGAACAGCAGAGUCCGUAGAGUGGGACAGAGACCUCAACAGACUCUAGAGAAGAACACAGGAAAUAAAGUCUGCUGAAGAAACCAGCAGAGAAGAAAACAACAGACUGAACCUCCACUGUUUUCCACCAGGAACCUCUUUUAUUAGCUUCAGCGGUGCUUAACAAAUGCUUGUUGGUCAUGCUGUUGCUGUGGUACCUCAAUGACAGUUUUUGUGCCAAAGGCUCAAUUUCAUCACCCAGGACUGAAGAACAGGCAGUUAAAAGUAAGAAGCAGAAAGUAAUUUUCUUUGCUCAUGAUGAGAGUAAAAAGAGGUUCCCGGUGGAGAGAAGUGGAUGAAGAGUUUUGGGAGAAGCUGCCUGUCAGUGAUAAAUUCUGCCUCUCAUCUCCUUCAGCUCUGCGGCGUGCAGCGGGGACCACGCAGGCCACGGCUAGCAUGAUUCGGUUUGCGUCCCCGCUGAUUAGCCAGCUAGCCAAACAAAAGCAGGUCUUGUGCAAAACUUGUGCAAAACUCAAAUAUCAUCUCCAAUCAGGGAAGAGCUGAAGACACCUGAAAGUUUGCGUUUUGUGUACGAUAUUGGUGAAUUCUAACUGGCUGUGGGUGUGCAAGUAAAUAGUUUGUGGCUGUGUUCACUCGGGGUUUGUUUGUUUGACUCUGGAAUUUGACCAUUUAUGUGUUUUCCAAUGAUCAUAAACACUGAACUGUGUCAGCACCCAUUCUGAUGGAAAAAGGAAUGAAAAUAAUAAUAAUGUGGCAUCAUGUUGGACUUCAGUGUCAUUUUAUGUUUAGACAUCUGUAGUAAUUUAACUUUACCAUUUUAUUUCAAGUGCUGCACUCAUGAUGAAACUGGGGUAAAAUUUGAACCUUUUGUAGUUCUAUUACCACUAUAAUCUGGAUUUGAUUGGGUUUUAUUUGAAACUGAACUAAGCUUAUUUGGCAGCUUUAGUUUCUUUACAGUUAUAUAUACAUAUAUUACUUUUAGUUUCCAAGCAGUAUGUCACGAACUAAACUCAAUUGGCCAAAAUUAGCAGCCAUUUUAAUAAUUGUUGAAAGAAAAAAAGUACAGAAAAAAGACAAAAAUUUAAUAGUUUCAGCUUUACAGAUGUAUUUCCUGCUUGUCUGUUCAGUUUUUUAAAAUCAUGUUCACUGUUUUUAAUGAUUUUUAGCUUUGGAUUGUUGGUUGGACAAAACGGUGUUCAUGAAGGCCACACUGUUUUCAGAAAAAAAUAUCAUUAGCUGCAACCAUUAUAUAAAAUUGGUAAAAUAAGCUCCUCCGCAACAGUACUUACACUCCUUACAAUUCAAUUCACACUUUAUUAUGGACACAGCUCAUUGGUGGUCCACUAACAAAAAACCCCAAAAACAAACAAACAAACAAAAAAAACAGAAAGAAACUGAACAAAAUUUCUUGAUUUUACUUAAUAUAUAAUUCUAAUAUUAUAUAUUAUAAUAUAAAUUGUUGAACCUUUAAUUGCAUUGGAGUAAUUAUACAAUGCAGGACUCCAACUUUACUUAAAUAAUAAAUGAAUAUUUCACUCAACACCCACCAGCUGCUACAUUAAUAGCUGUACAGCCGGUGACAUUAUCUGACUAACAUGCCAGCCAGCCUGCAGCAUACCAGUUUACCAGCAUACCAUCCACAGAGGCUGUCAAGCCAAUAGCUUACUGUCAGUCAAGCUGUGUCAUAUGUGAGUACGUGAUGGUCUGCAUGAUGUAAAUUUUGUCAUUCCACCAAGUCUUUGAGAGUCUGCAAAGACCCCUCUCCCAUAUUUUUGUGUGCAGCCCAAAAUAUGAGUGGACUACGUUACCACAUCACUAGUGCACAUUUGGCGGUAAUGUGCACACACAGAAUGUGCAGAUAUGACCUACUGCGUUUUGCAUACUGUAGUUAAAUAUUGUGCUAUUUUUCUACUCUGCUUAGUCGACUCUGUUGUAUAUUUGCGCACUUAGUUGUGUGUACAUAGUCCGAAUAAGAACACUAUUGCCCCUGCACCAUGGUCGCCACAUGUGCUGUCCGCCAAGAUGGAAAUUUUGGGUUGCAGACAGAAAUCCAUGGAGGGAUCUCUGGCAGAUUUGGGGAAAGGACAAAAUUAUGUCACAUGAAAACUCACAAAUAGUUUAACACUGUCCUUUUAGCAAUAACUGCAUGUCCGAGUGCACGAGAUUAUAAUCACGGCAAAAGUCACAAAAGCUAACUAGCCUACUAAUGAUGGUGAGUUAGCUAGUUAGCUUGGUUGAUGACAGGGGAAUAAUUUAACAUCAUUAAGUAGACUUAUUUGUACCAUUUCACUUCAGCACAGCUAAAUAGCAAUUAAACAUGCUAACAACAGCUAACAUGUUAUUGCAGGCCAGAUGGUGAAGUAGUAUGAGAUAACUGCUAAAAUGCCAGUCUGUCUAGAGCAUGUUAGCAUGCCACGUAGCUGUCCAAACUAGCUACCUUACAGUCUGUAAGUAACAAUAGCUAAGUGGCUUUCUAAUGAUGGGAGAAAGCUAGUCAGCUUGUUUGCUAACAUCAACAUUAUUCAAUGCUUUUCAAAGCAUGCACUAAUUGUGCUGCAGGUUAUGUACUGGCAGAUAGCAUGCAACAUAUAGCAAUGCUAACAAAGGCGAGACAGGUAGCUAGCUUGGUUGUGAACAGGAAUAAUUGAACAUUGAGACUCAUUUGUUGGAUUUCCCCCCGGCUAGUAAAACUGUGAAUUCAUUCCUCAUCUAUGAAGCAGUCAUUAUACCCACAGAGCUGUGUAGAGGUGGAUGGUUCAACAGAGAUUACAUGAUGUAAUAGCUAAUCUUGUUCUCCACUCUCAACAAGAUUUUGGUGGAUUUUGGUCCACAGCACAGAUUCAUGUGUUCAGACCUUCAUUUACAGAGAAAAAAAUACUUUAUUCAGUUAUAUGAUUUAGUCACAAAAUUCAACACUUUUAACUGGUGUGACUUGGCCUUUACAGUACAAACUGUAUUCUGACAUCAGUGCAAAAAAUCACAGCAGCAGCACCACAUGUUUCCAGAAGGUCUUGAUUACUUGGACUUCCCACAGUUCUCACUGUGAACAGUUAUUGUUACUUUUUUACCUUCAGUAGAAAAUAUUUGCUAGUAAUUCCUGCCCACAGUGAGGUGUGUGGGAGGCAUCCAACACAAAGCAGUGAGUGGUUGUUUCCUUGAUAUGUAUUUGAAUCCUCUGAAGCAACACGUGGCUAAUUCAGUAUUUUUAAUAAGAUUCAUAUUUAACGCCUCUAACAGUAACUGAAGAAAAGGUACAAGUGGGUGGUAGAAGGAAAGGUAGCUUCAGGAUCAUCUGUUGUUCAUGCAGAUUGGUUUGAUUUUGGAGACAAGUUUGUCGAGAAAGAGGCAUUAACAACUGAUAAAUGAUUUUGAGAUCUACAGUUAUUAGCUUAGUUUUGAGUAACAAUCAACUUCUUCCACACGUAAAGACAUUGUAGAUGUCCACACACUACAGGAGGCAGCAGAAACAGAAUCUAGUUAAUUAAAUAAGGUUAAUUAUGUUGAAGUAGAGGAAAUAUCAAGACUUAUUUACUUUUCUUACUUUGGGAUACCAUACAUGCUUGUGUCAUUAUGUCAUUAGCCUAGCUUAGCAUAAAGACUGGUAGUAGGGAGAAACAUCUAGCAUAGCAUUUCUUAAUCAAAAUUCAAUGUUAAAAAAAAUGUUUCAUGUGAUUAUACAAGCCGGAACUAUGUCUUCCCCACUGACCUCACGAUGACCAAAGAACCCAAGGAAGUAGUUAAAACUACAGAUACAAGUUUGGUCAGAUCUGCACUAAAGAGAAGCAGAAACCAGCUUUCCACGUUAGACCAGGCCACUGCUGUCUGGCUGAUGAGGCUCUCUGCCCUCCUCCAGGCGACGCAGCGACAGUUUCUAAUGAAAUCAGUCAAAAUCAGGCUCUCUGAGGGACAUGUGUGGGCUGGUGAGCCGGCCAAACGUCUAAAAGAAUUAUUCACAUCAGCCAGUUGGAGUCAAGACUCCUGCACAUGUGGGCUGAACCGUCAUGGACAGACAUUUUAAAUUAGGCCUCGGUGCUAAUGACCACAUCUGUUCCACUGAAUUGAACAGCAGAUGUCAGAUUUGAGAUAAUCCUGCAUCAUCUUUAUAACUGCUGUUUCAUGAAAGUGACAGCUGAUUCACUUUUGAAAAAUUGGAAACACAACCUUGUUUAAGGAAAUAUUAAACAUCACUAAAGGAAUCUUUCCACAUUUUGGGAAAUGCUUACUUUCUUCGGCCUCAUGUCUCAAGCACAAAACUUGAGCCAGGAGACGAUUAGUUUAGCCUAGCAUAAGGACAAGAAACCAUAUGAAGAUGCAAGCUUGGCUCUGUCCAAUUACGGUUGAAAAAUAAAUCCACCAACACUUGUACAGCUUGCUAGCAUGUUGUAUCUGUGGUUUUAGAGGGAGUUAUGUGGUCUUUACAUCAUUACUGUUGCCAAGAAAAAGUUCCAGCACACAAUUCCCCAUAAAAACAACAACUUCUCAUUUUACAUCAUUGCAUCGGCUAUAAAAUGCCAGAAAACUAAAGAAAUUCCAUUAUAAUUUCCUUAAACCCUUCAGGUGUUUCAUUUGGACCCACAGAGAGUAAGAAACUCUAAAGACAUUCUACCUUUUCUACUCUAAAUAAACUGAGAAAAAACUGCAAAUCCUCACAAAUGAUAUGCAGGAACCAGAGAAAAUUAUUUUUUUUGCUGAAAAAUGACAAAUGUUAUUUUUCCGUCAGUCAACUACCUGACGAAUUUACUGAUUGUUUCAGCUUUAAACAAAAUAUGUUUUUGUUUUUUUUUUUUUUUACCUUUUCAUUCCGAAUAUAGAGUAAUAAAGCAUUCAGCUAAGAUCAUUGGUUCAUAAGAUCAUAAUUGUGGCAUUCAGACCUUUAAAGAAACCUUUUUAAAAGCUUCUGAAUCCUCAGAAAACUGUGUUAAACUACACUAAAUUUUAUUUAAUAAGGUGACAGUUUCCCUGAUGAAGAUUCCCUGAGAACAGAGAAACAAAUGAGACAUUAUGUUCCUGGUAAAGAUUUCUAUAGAAGGUUAGCUGCAGUGAUCCAAUCUGGGGAAUGAAUUGUAAUAAAACCUCUGCUUGCAGCUGUGGAAUUUUGCAUGUACAUCCCCACCAGAGACAAAAUGAGACUUAAAUCACAGUGAAUUAAAGAAUGUGGAAAUAAAAUACAUCAUAAAAUUUAAUUAUCGUUAUCAGCAUGUAAAAAUACUUGUACAUGCCGAAACAUCAAGUGGUAGUAUUGAAAAGCCUGUGCUGAUCUUUGCACAUAUCUUUGCUUGUUUGCUUCACAGAAUUUGACAAUUAGAUGAUCAUUUUGGACAAAAUUUGCUGGUUUGAUAGCCACAAUUUCCUCUAAUGCCCAAUCGAACAAAAGUACUUUGGUCUGGCACUUGGCAGUGAGUCCUGAUGGGUAUUUAAAGGUAAUCUCUGAAGUUUCCUUUUAACAAAUUAAAGUUGCAAAUUACAAUUAAUUACACGCAUGGACAGUAGAGUCAAAGCUGCCAAAUAAGAAAUCCUUAGUUCCAUAAUGUCAGAUUUGAGUUAUACUAGUUACUUAUGACAAAUCAAAUCAAACUAACACCUACAAAGGUGCAACAUUUAUACGUCACACCAGUGGCUAAAAGACUUUAGCGUAGGGUACACCUGUUUCCUCGCUCCAAUCUUCUCGUGCUUUGCCACCUUGAGGUGCAUUUAAGUACUUGGAAGAUCCUCCAUGAUGCUGGAGGGGGGAUUAUUUCCAGGAAACUGGAGGAGAGUGGGCAUAAGAAAGCUUAAGUUAGCAGGCAAACUUUGAAGCACUCUACUUUUCUGUUUCCUGCUGCAUUGCCACCACCCGUUGACCAUUGGUAGGCCUGUGUGUCGCAUUAUCUGCAUCCUUGUGUUCAUGACAAACAAAACAGACCCACCAAUGGAAAACCUGCUCCAUAGCACUACUAGAGGUCAAAAAGUCCACCUUUAACAGCAUAUGUGCACCAUCCGCAUUCUGAUCGCCGUGUAGUUUCUAACCUGAAUCCUCCUUACAGGUAGCAUUUAUCUUCUCCUCUGCAAACAUAGUCUCUUUCACAAUGAACAAAGCUUCAGGCAUCUUGAAAUGUGUGGAAAGAAAAAGCUGUCAACCCCUGAUAUUGAUUAGUAUUGAUUUUUCUUCUCACACUCCCCAAACUUCAUUAAACGGUACAUGAGAUGUGGCGUCGCCUCAGGCUGCAGAGAGCAGAGUGGUGGCUGGUAGAUGUUUUGUCCACGAUUAACACUUGAAAAAAUGAGAAAUGUAGUUGUUAUAGCAUGACGUGUGAAUCGUUUGGUGUUUCAGAAGUGUUCUGGGGUGAUAAUGAGUCAGUGGGAAAUACUGUGGUAAACACUUGAUAUGUGACUAUUGACUGUGGUCCAGAGGUUGGACAUUGUGACUGAUGCGGAGCCUCCUGGGAGGGAAAAUAUGAGUAAUUAUAGAUACUUUAAUUGGUGUGUUUGAUUCACAAAUGCCAUGAGUGCACGGAUGUAUUUGAAAUGUUUGGUUUAACCUUCACAUAUUCAAAUCUAAAGGCUGAGAAUCACUGUGAAAACCUGCUUUAAAGGCUGGGAUAUUGACAAAAGCAGAAUAUUCCGACCUACUUCACUCAGUGUGAGGCAGUUGAUAUUACAUUUUCUCAAUUUCUCCCUUUAAUUAAUUGGCCUGUAUUUAUUCUGUAUAUUGCAUAACAUUUCUUUCUUUAAUAAUUAAGUAAAUUAGAGCCAGAUUAGUUGAUUGCAGAUCACAUUAUUCACAUCAUCAGCAUUUUGUUAAAUCUACCAAAAUAAUGCCUGAAAACAUAAGAAGUUAAAACAACUUUCUAAUAAUUCUGACAAUUUUCUGGUGAGUUUGCUGGAAAGAAACCAUGUAAUUUGAUACUAAUUUUAGGGGAAAUUGAGUUUUUACUUGGUACACUUUCAAUUAAUUCCAAUUAACUGCUGCCAUAACCUCCCUCUCUCUGAGUGUUUUAAUCUGCACAGCAGGUCAGCUGAAGAAAAAACUGUGAAUUUAGUCUGAAGACAAUUGAACAUCUGUGGAAAUGAAAGUUUCCAAUAAUCACUGAAUAAUGAAAAUCUAUUAAUGAUCGUUAACAGAGCAGUAAAGAGCAGAACAUGUCUAUCUCUAAUUAGAGAUGCAGUUCUUUCCUGAAAACUUAAUAAUCAGAAACUGGAAACAAGUCGCUGCUGUAAAAUGCAGAACAUGCACAGCUGGAACACUUGUUUGUUUGCUUGUUUUUUGACUGUAUAUUUGCGUUGUUGUCCUUUAAAGUUAUCUGACCUCCAGUGAAUGUACUGUAUGCAAACUGUCACAGCUAUGGAAGCAUCCCCAGGCAGACCCACUCGCCUCACAUCCCCUGAUCCCUUCAUCCUACUGGCAAGAAUAUCUGUAUGAAGUGAAUUAAAGUCAUAGAGCACUGAGAGACACCAAAUGACCAAAAAUAGACUAAAAGUGCCAAAAAGAAACAUACAGUAAGACCCACAAUACAACUGCAGAGACCAGAGACAUAGACCUUUGAGACGACCACAAAGACACACAAAAUGAAAAGACCGACACAAAAUGAUCACAGGAGACAUAAAAUGACCAUGGAGACAUUUAAAACAACCACACAAGCAUGUAUCUACUAGACAGAGACACAAAACUAAACAAAAUUACCACAGUGACAUGCAAAAAAAACAAAUGACUGAGAAAAAAGACAUACAAUGACUAAAAAGAGACACAAAUAAGUAAAAAAGACAUAAAACAUCUGAAAUACUCAAAAUAACUAUAGAGACACGAAAAGACCAAAAAAAGACUCAAAAUGACCACAAAGACAAACAUAAUAACCCCAAAUGACAAUAAAGACAUACAAAGUGACCACACAUAUUGAAAAAAAACAGCCACUCUAAAUGGCCCCAGAGAUCCAAAAUGACAACAGAGACUCACAAAUUGGCAUAAAACAACAAAAAAAUGACCACAAAAGGUUUUAAACAACCAUGUAGAUGCCCAGAAUGACCACAAAAGAUACAACAUAAGCACCGACACAGAACCUAAACAUAAUAUUGUGAACGUGUGUGCUUAGUGUCCUUCAGUCUGUCUCAUUUCCUGUAUAAGACAGACAGGGGCCUUUCAUUGGUCUGUGCCUGGGGGUCUGUUUUCUCAUCAUCCAUCCAUUCAGAGUCUUAGUUACAAACCACAGUGCAUUUGAGAAACCGAUCAUCAGUUGUAGAGCUGAAUGCAGCAGCAUGUUGGAAGAGUGACAGGAAGCAAAUAAACAGCCUGGUGUCAUGAAACUGUGAAAUGAGUAGAUGUCUUUAAAAAACACAUGACGUGUGUUGUGCAUGAAAAACAAGACACAUUUUCUGUCUUUCUACAAAAAGUUGUCAUGCUUUUAUUGACCAAAAUAAAGCUGGUACAAUAUUUGAGAAAAAAAAAAAAAAAAAACGUCGCCACACUCUUUGCACAUUGACAUCACACAACACAACACACUGGCAGCUUUCUGUGUGGAAAGCUACGGUUACCAGCUACAGUAAAACGUAGUUGAUUCAUUGAUUUGUGUAUUUUUUGAAAUCACUAUUUAAGCAUUAAGCUUAUUCUUGAUAGAGCAGCUCGUCAAAAAUCCACAGUUUCCUUUGAAACCACUGUGAAACCUGCAGAAACGCGAAUGUGACAUCUUGCUUUUUGGUUUUGACAGGUUAAGUGUUUUCUAUUGAACAGUCAUCUUGGAAUUGACUCAGCAAACUGUGCAUGCACUGCAAUGUGGCCCACACACACUAAUUCGCACUGUACUUGUGAGGACCAUCAUUGACGUGAUGGUGAAGAUUUGCAUAGAAUCUUUACAACGAAGUUAAAACCUGCACAAUUUAAAACAAAAUAUAUUGCUAUUAAAAAGGGGAUCCAUCACAUUUCAAAUCUCUGAAAAGAAAGCCCCAGAUAUAAUUUGAUGAUAAAUUAAACAAAAAAAAAUCAGUCAGAGAGCAUAAUACUCCAACAAGGCUGUUCAGUUGUUGUAUCAUUUCCGAUGAAUGAAAUCUUUAACAAAAAAUGACCUUCCGCUGACCACAGGUGUGUGUUAUGCAUGUGUACGUUAUGUACGGAUACCGAAUCGCGUGACCUAAAUAUGUAGCCGGCGGCAGGAACUGAUGGGACUCAGAAACACCCCCACAAUUUAAUCAGUUGUUUCUUGUAUGAUUUCUGACAGAUAAGUCCUGAUAAGUCCACAAUGAUUAAUGUGUAGUAGGAUUGCAAUCAUGUGAUCGUCAGCAGGCAGCUGAUGUAGCGUUCACUUGUUGUCAUAGUUACACUGAUGCCGUGCGGCUAACUCACAAUGAUGCAGAAAUCUUUAACAAAUCUGUGGAUCCAGACUAUAAGCUGUAUAACUGCCAAAAUCUAAUGAGUUGGUCCUUGUGUCAUUCAUGACCUUCCCUGAAAAUUUCAUCCAAAUCCAUUAGUCUGUUUUUGAGAAAUGCUGCUAAAAGACAAAAACAGACACACGGACAAACACACAGAUAAAUGUACACCGAUCAUCACAUAAAUCCGUUGCAUUCCUCGGCGGAGUGAUAAUGAAAUAAUUCAUAUAACAUGUACAUUUAAAGCAAUUAAAAAAUAUGAUUAUCUGUCCCAUUUAUUUUCUUCCAGAGUUAGAACAGGUCCAACUUAAUUUACUGCAAAAUCCCCACUAUAAGGAAGUUCAGUUAAGGAGUUUGAUACUAAUGAUAAUAUUCUCUUUUAAAUGUAUAAUUAUUACCAGUUUAAAACAGUGAACACAUAAACAAGUGCAUGUAGACUUAAAAGGUUAUAAAUGAAAAAAAAGCCCUGACCUUACACCUAAUGUUAACACUAGUACUGAUGAUUCAUUCAAAGAAAAAUAACAAAACAACUUCUAAAGCUGAGUUUUUAGCCUGAAAAUAGCCUGUGAAGGAAUGUCCUCACUUCUUUCAACUGGUUCUUACAAAUAUAGGAGAGCAACAGUCGACGGACAGACAGAGGCAGCGCAUGCUGAUGUCAAAUUAUUCUCCAAAGUGUUUUAAGACACUCAAAGAGGAACGCGACCUCAGAAACAGGAUGAGUUUUUAUUUGCACAAUAAUGUUUUACAUUAUUUUUUAUUAGUUCCUGGUGAGCUGAUCCAUCGGCGAUUCAAUCUAAAAAGUAAAUUGAAUUUUUUAUUUUUUUUUACACAAACCAACUUCUCCAAUGGGAUGCUGAUUGUGGUGUUGUUUGUUGGGGGAGGAAACCCUAUUUACAGAGGUGUCUCCAUGGCGAUUAUGAUGGGAUUUCCAUCAGGAGGCGCCAGUGACAGAUGAGGUUCACUGCACUGUAUACAAAUGGGAAGAUUCUUCCUGGAGGCUUGAAGACAUGAUUAGAUUAUUGUAUUUAUGAUGUUGUUCAUUAUGUCACAUGAGGUGCUGUGCUGAGAUGUGUGUGUGCAAAGAAGAAGAAUCUAUGAAGCUAAACCAUUAUGGCAUCAGAGAUCGUUAUCAUCCUCCAGGGGAAAAAGCAAACAAGCAUUUCAGUCUUGUUUUUUACCACCUUUGUUUGAACCAACCCCUGAUUUAAGCUUUAUUUCUCCAACCUGUCUGAAUCGUGAGAAUAAAUCAUGACAAAAGAUUGGAUGUAAUCCAUGGCUGUGAUGAAUAAUCCUCUUAAAUUGUGACAUAAAAACAAAAAAACUGAACUAAAAAAGGAAACAUUGACACUGAAAUAUAUGUUACAAGCAUUAAGAAAUUAAUUUUCAGUUGCCCAUUGCUUGGUCAUGAACUUUCUGUCUUACUAUAAUUUUUCACUUGAUGCGUUUUUUAAGUUCUUGAGUGUUUUACAGUCUUGAAAAUGGAGAGGAAUUAUUGAGUGGAGGAGCUAAAGACGGUGCAAUUCUGUCUAAUCUGUACCUUUGCAAUGGCGGCCGUUAGUUCAGGUGUUCUGGUUUGGCAGAGCUUCACAUUGUGCUUUCCAAACCCAACAACUCAUCUACCUGCACUGAGUUCUGCUGCACUGCGGUGUGAGGCUGAUGAAUAAUUUGCAUCAGCACGUUUUUUAAGACCUUGUGCCGCAGCAGUAACCCUGACUUUUACCUUUAAGAGACUUUGACUCUAUUCGCACGGGACUAGCAUUGCCUGAGGACUUCUACUAAUUUGUAAUAAUUGCAGAGGUCAUCUUAGCCACGUCCAUAA